GUGAAAGCCUUCAAUCCCCCAAUGCAUGGUGGGAAUUGUAGUCCCUCUCCUACAAGCAGAGUGGAGGGGCAGCCUGGAGGUGAGCCGACGUAGUCCGGAGCGGCCAGCACGUGGCGAGAAGAGGGCUGCGCUCACUUGCUUUCUACACCUGAGCGGGCAGGAGCUGCUGGCGCUGGAGUUACCCGCCGCGGCGCCCUCCCGACAUGCCGGAGGAGGCGCGCUUCCCUCCGGCCAAGAGAUUCCGCCUGGGCUCAAGGCCUCCGAGCCGUGCCGGGUCCUGCCCCCCGGGCAGGCGGGUAUUAAUGCUGCUGACCGCCAGCGGCGGCGGCAGAGGCGACGGCGGCAGCGGAGCUGGAGGAGGUAGGAGGCCGCAGCCGCCCCUGGCCCAGCCUUCAGCCAGUCCCUACCGCGAGGCCCUGGAGCUGCAGCGCCGGAGUCUGCCCAUCUUCCAGGCGCGGGGGCAGCUCCUGGCCCAGCUGCGAAACCUGGACAGUGCUGUCCUCAUCGGGGAAACUGGCUCCGGGAAGACAACCCAGAUCCCUCAGUACCUCUACGAAGCGGGCAUUGGCCGCCAGGGCAUCAUUGGUGUGACCCAGCCCCGUCGAGUGGCUGCCAUUUCUCUUGCUACUCGAGUUUCAGAUGAGAAGAGAACUGAACUUGGGAAGCUGGUUGGCUAUACAGUGCGCUUUGAGGAUGUCACCUCCGAAGACACCAGGAUCAAGUUCCUGACAGAUGGCAUGCUUCUGCGUGAAGCAAUUUCAGACUCCCUGCUUCGGAAGUACAACUGUAUCAUUUUGGAUGAAGCCCAUGAAAGGACUAUCCACACAGACGUGCUCUUUGGAGUGGUGAAAGCAGCCCAGAAGAGACGAAAGGAACUGGGGAAAUUGCCUCUCAAAGUGGUUGUGAUGUCAGCUACGAUGGAUGUGGAUCUGUUUUCUCAGUAUUUCAACGGAGCACCUGUCCUCUACCUGGAGGGUCGGCAGCAUCCAAUCCAGAUCUUUUACACCAAACAGCCUCAGCAUGAUUACCUGCAUGCAGCUCUUGUCUCGGUCUUCCAGAUCCACCAGGAAGCCCCCUCCUCUCAGGACAUCCUGGUGUUCCUCACUGGUCAGGAGGAGAUUGAAGCAAUGAGCAAGACCUGCCGAGACAUAGCAAAGCACCUGCCGGAUGGCUGCCCUGCCAUGCUGGUCCUUCCUCUGUAUGCCUCCCUGCCCUACGCACAGCAGCUCCGAGUCUUCCAAGCGGCCCCAAAGGGCUAUCGCAAAGUGAUCAUUUCAACCAACAUUGCUGAAACCUCUAUAACCAUAACAGGAAUAAAAUAUGUGGUUGACACGGGCAUGGUUAAAGCAAAGAAGUAUAAUCCUGACAGUGGCCUUGAGGUGUUAGCUGUGCAGCGGGUGUCAAAGACCCAGGCCUGGCAGCGCACGGGGAGGGCUGGCAGGGAGGACAGUGGCGUCUGCUACCGGCUGUACACCGAGGAAGAGUUCGAGAAGUUUGAUAAGAUGACCGUGCCAGAGAUCCAAAGGUGUAACCUUGCAGGUGUGAUGCUGCAGCUCCUAGCGAUGAAAGUUCCAGACGUGCUCACCUUUGACUUCAUGUCCAAACCGUCUCCAGAUCACAUUCAGGCAGCCAUCGCUCAGCUGGACCUGUUAGGCGCUCUUGAACAUAAGGAUGACCAGCUCACCCUGACUCCAAUCGGAAGAAAGAUGGCAGCAUUUCCUCUAGAACCCAAAUUUGCCAAAACCAUCCUCCUGUCUCCUAAAUUCCACUGCACAGAGGAGAUUCUGACCAUCGUUUCCCUGCUCUCCGUGGACAGUGUUCUCUACAACCCUCCUGCCCGGCGCGAGGAAGUGCAGAACGUCCGGAAGAAGUUCAUUUCCAGUGAGGGGGACCACAUCACCCUGCUCAAUAUCUACCGGACCUUCAGAAACACAGGUGGGAACAAGGACUGGUGCAAAGAGAAUUUCGUCAAUAGCAAGAACAUGAUGCUAGUAGCUGAAGUCAGAGCCCAGCUGAGGGAAAUCUGCCUAAAGAUGUCAAUGCCAAUCAUGUCAUCGAGAGGAGACGUGGAGAGUGUCCGCCGCUGCCUGGCCCACAGCCUCUUCAUGAACACUGCCGAGCUGCAGCCCGAUGGUUCCUAUGCUACCACGGACUCCCACCAGCCAGUGGCCAUCCAUCCCUCGUCUGUCCUCUUCCACUGCAAACCAGCCUGUGUUGUGUACACUGAGCUGCUCUACACCAACAAGUGCUACAUGCGGGACCUCUGCGUGGUGGACGCUGAGUGGCUGUACGAAGCUGCCCCAGAGCACUUCCGGAGGAAGCUAAGAACCGCCAGAAGCUAAGCCCUCGAGAGAGGGCUCUCUGCCUGCCGAUGGCUGGAGGCGGGAGCUUGGACCGUGGCUGUCAUGGCUGCCUGCCAGGGCAGCACCUACAGAAGCUGCAAGUGGUCCUGCAGCUGAGGAGCCUGAAAACACCUUUCCUUCAACUCGCAGACUGAUCUCUGUAGAUGUGUACAUGUCACUUACACCUUGGAGUCUUCAGAGUUACACUGUUAGUUCUUGCUGGGUGACAUUGGGUAAUUUAGUUCAUUACUAAGCCUCAUUUUUCCCAUUCGCCAAAUGGAGGAUAGUAACCAUAGCACUGGGAUCAUGAAGUCUAAAGAAUGUGAAUGGAAAGUCCUCAGAGCUCUGCCUGGCAUAGGAUGGACAUAAGGUAAAUUGUGGGUCAUGCAUAAUACUGCUUUCUACAUGGUAAUGCAAAUUAAGUACUACAACAAAAUCUUCAGCUGGGCAUGGUGGCACACGUCUAUAAUCCCAGCACUCAGGAGCCUGAGGCAGGAGGAUCACUAGGAGUUUGAGUCCAGCCUGGGCUACAAAGUAAGUUCAAGGCCACCUGAACUGCGUAGCGAAACCCUGUCUAAAAAACAAUCUCCUGAUUUCAUAUGACUAAAGGAGAUUUUCAAGAAGGGGCCAUAGAAGGUUUCAGAACUUGUGUGCUGUUUGUGAUUCUAUUUUCCUUUUUAUUUUGUGGCAGUGGUGCUGGGGAUUGAACCCAGGGUGUUGGAUAUCUGACAGGUGCUCUACCACUGCCAUGCGCCUAGUCCUUCAUUCUGCUUUUAAAAUUAAUUUUAUUGGUAUAUUUUAGAUAUAAUAGUGAUAGCAUUCAUCAAUAGAGAAUUUGUGCCUGUACACGACGUAUCUCGCUGAUGCUUUUUUCUCAUUCCCCUCCCCUCCCUUUAACCCAUCUUCUCAUUUACAAAGGGCUUUGCUCCCAUUUUUUUCUUCUAUUCCCGUUUUUCUUGUGCCUUCUUUUCUUUCCCUCACCCUCCUCCUUUGUCCUUUUUUUUUUUUUUUUGGUCAUUUUGAGACAGGGUCUCGCUAUGCAGUUCAGGCUGGCCUUGAGCUCACUUUGUAGCCCAGGCUGGUCUCUAACUCACAACGAUCCUCCCACCUCAGCCUCCCAAGUGCUGGGAUUACAGGCGUGAGCCACCAUGCCCGGCUCCCUUGUCCCCUUUCUUAUUUGAACAUUUUUCUCCCAAUUUCCCAAUAUCUAUUACACAUUUUGGUCCUUAUUUAUACUUGUGGUUUUUCACAUCCGAGAAAUAAUGCAGUAUUUUAAACAUGUGUCCAGUUUAUUUCGCUUAAGAGUAUGGUUCCCUUGAUUCUAUUUUUUUUUUUUUUUUUUGUCUUUUUUUUUUUUGAGACAGGGUCUUGCUAUGCAGUUCAGGCUGGUCUUGAGCUCACUUUGUAGCCCAGGCUGGUUUGGAACUCACAACGAUCCUCCCACCUCAGCCUCCCAAGUGCUGGGAUUACAGGCGUGAGCCACCACGCCCGGCUUCCCCUUGAUUCUAGUUUAAUAUUGCAGACAUUUCAGGAGAGCGGGUACCGUCUCCUACCCCUGGGAUGGUGAUCCUGUCCUAUUGACCCUCAUGUGUGAGGUGUGGACCUCUGUUUGUCUCCAGGCAGAGGUCAGACGUGGAGUCUUCUAGUCCUUGGCUCCUCUGUGAGGCAAGUUCCCAUCAGUGCUUUCAGGAAACGUGUAAGUUUCAUGGGUGAAGAUUGACUGUCCUUUCUGAAUCAUGACAGGUGUAGACAUGAGAAACUAACUUUUUCAUGUGAGGCUGCCUCCAAGCUCACUUGGCAUUUUUUCUUGAACGGGGCACCUGUGAUGUAUGUUCGUGAGGGAUGAUUUCAUGCUUCAUUUCAACUGUUUUCCUUUGGGCAAGGCUACUGGUUAGCGCUGUUGGGGAGAGAAGAGAGGAAAGAGAUGCAUAAUCAGUGCAAAUUCAAGAGCAUUGGCGCCCCUCAUUCACCACAGCGGGUCUGUAUCUUACUGAUUUUCUGCAGUCUUUUUCCCCCUUAAUGGAUCCUGAGGGACAGUUUGAAUUUGCUAUUUCCUACCUGUCCCAGGCACCUUUCUCUAAUUCUUUUUGUUACUUCCUGUUGGGGAAAUACAGUAAGGGUUCUUCUUAGCUAGUUGUCAAAAGUAAAUAGUCUUCCCCAUAGUCUUUGGAACUAGAGAAAAAGAUUUAGCUUUAUUAUCAUGCUUAUUUGAUUCAGUUAUAAAUAAAGUCUGGGGUGGUGGCACAUACCUACAACCCCAGCUUUCUUGAGGCUACGGCAGGAGAAUUAUGAGUUCACAGCCAGCCUGACCUUCAUAGUGAAACUGUUUGAAAAAUGGGGACAGAGGGGAAAAAGGAAAAAACAAUAUAUGGAAGCUGGGUGUGGUAGAACACAUCUGUAAACCCAGCACUGCGGAGGGUGAGGCAGGAGAUUACCGUGAGUUCAGGCCAGCCUGGGCUACAUGGUGAGUUCAAGGCCUGUCUGAGCCACAUAGUGACUCUGUCUCCAAAAGAAACAGCAGUUGGCCUCGAUGGUGUUCAUGUAGGGUCCAGGAGACUCUGGGAGAGCAUAACUGUGGAACACCACUUGGGUAACUCUCCUUCAAAGAAGAGUAGCUAUCUCCAUUUUGGCUGAAUCUGUCCCCAUUUCCAUGUAUCCAUAUGGACAGCUGGCUAGGACUUUCCUUUAUCCCUUCCAUUGAUUUUAAGCAAUGCAAAUCAGUGCAGCCAAAGUGCUGUCUUUGAAACAAGGUGACAAAUCAGUGUUACCCUACCCCCAUAGCUCCCAGAAACCAUGUGUGAGCUAAGAAGAGUCGUGCCCCAUGAUGUGGACUGGGGUGGAGCCUUGAAAUAGAGGCUGUGACUUCCCAGGGCUUAAAAGAUCAUGGGGCACUGCCCCAGAACAUUAGCUACUGAGUCAGACUGUGCUGUACAGAUCCUUCUCUUUGCAUACUGCAGAGGUGAUUUCAGGCCUCCUCGCUAGCCUAGCUCACACUAUGUCCUUCCUGCUCCUCUCAAAGGCACUCAUGCCCAAGCCACUGUGCUCAUCAUGAAUUAAUAGAACCUGCAUUUGGCCCUGAGCUGAGGCCUUUGUUCCCAUUAACCACAUCCUAGCUAAACUUAGGACCCCUCAGCCCCCCACAACUACAGGUAUGCCUUAGUGUCUAUUGUCAUCAUGGAUUGCACUGGAAAUGACAGGUUGGAAUUACUAGAAUUAAUUCCAAUAUCUUUUCUACGAGAUUACAAAUAUAACUUCCUAUAGACAUAACCUCACUGGGAACCUUCCAUGGUAGGUCUCAUUGGGCUACAGUUGUGUUAGGUCAAGUCUGAGCCCGUUUUUUAUAAGCACUAGCUAUAAUCUUGGACACCCACAUUUUUAGCCAGUGUUUAGGAUUUUCUGGGUGCUUACAAUUUAUUUCUGUUAGAAAUGGUUACCUGCUGGAUGGAAUUUGACAAAUCCUGUAUACUUUUAUCUCAUGGAAUCCUUGCUUUGAACUGGGUCUUCACAGAUCAAUUUAUUCUUAUCAUUGCUACCCUUCUGAAAAGUUCUCCAAGAAGUUUUUUUUUUUUUUUUUCUCCUAAGUAUAUUUUUCUCAUUCACAGUAGAGGGCAAGAAUGUGUAGCUUGGGGCUGGGGAUUUAGCUCAGCUGCAUAAGCGCCUGCCUUGCAAGCAGGCAGCCAUGAGUUGGAUCCCUGGUACCGAUAAAAAAAAAAAAAAAAAAGUGUAGCCUGACUUGGUUUUUAAAAAUCUUGUAUUUUUAAUAGAAUAUUCAUCAUGCUGAUUUUAAAAAAAAGGGCGGGGGCAGUUGGGCAAUUUGGUCCUCAGCAGUUAGCAAUUCUCAUGUGUUCCUCAACGAAUGAGCUGAAGGUAUUCUCUAGGUCAAGGAAAACCUGGAGUAACUUAAGUCCCAUUUCAGUACCUGGACAGUUUUUGGAAGUGUAUGUGUAUUCUUCUCUGAAGAGUAAAGAAUGUAAGCAGCUUCUAAGUAGCUUUAAUGUUUCUGUGUAGAAAUGUUUAUCAUUGUAACACUGUAGGAUAAAUACAGUAUUUGGUUUUUUUACUGGGCUUUUUGAAAAGUUGAUUUUUUAGCUAGCUGCUCAGGGAUUAGAUCAGAUGGAAAAUCCAUUCUGACCCACAUGUUACUAUAUUGAAAUAAGUGAUUAUUUUAUUGAGCCUCGCAGUUUAGUAUGCUUUAAAGUUUAACUUUCUUAAAGAGGAUUAAAUGUUUCACAAUGAUUGCAAUACAACCUUGAACGAUUUUUCAAUUAAUAAAAUCUCUGAUGUUGUGAUACUUUUCCCACCUGUAAAAUUUGUAUCUGCUUGAAUCAUUAGUUCCCAUGAGCAGCUUCAAGUGAACAGAUGCACCCCAAUCUACUCUGCAUGCCUCCCCUGGGCGUUCGUCUUUAGUGCCAGAUACCUGGUGUAACACUCAUUUCAUUACAGAGGGUAAGGCUCUGUACACCAGGGCCUUGGUGAAAACCCGUAUUGCUGCAGCUUUGAUAGUUGAAAAGAUGCCAAAAUGGGAACAAGUCUCUGCCUUGUGUGUAAAACUGCUUAUUUACUGUGAUAAAAUUCCAACCAGUCGAGCCACCUGGAACUGUGGUCGUUGCUUGAAUAUCUCUUUAUGUAAACCUGCACUUAUGGGAAAACAAUAAUUUUGUUGUACUGUGUUGACAAGACUUAAUUUGCAAAGAAAUGGGGAAAAGGUUGAUUUAGCUUUAUAUUCAGUCUGGUCUUAACUCAGACAACUCUGUACAUAUCACCAGCGCGUGUAUAUAAUGCUGACAUUUGCACCCGACUAUCACAUCUGUAAAAAUGAAUCUUGUACAUGAUAA